AAUGUGUUCAACUUUUAGGAAUGCAGAUUUUAGGUCAAGACACCUCUUUGAAUAAAAGAUUACAUAGGUUUAUGCCAGAUGGAAUAAAAUGUUUAUGUAGUGACAUAGCCUAUGAACACUGCAUUUGAGUGCUAGCAAAUGAUAAAUGUCAUGAAUAAAUGUCCCUAAAAAUCACAGAAACACUUACACAUUUCCAAUAAUUAUGAAAGAAAAACACACACAUAUACCCACACACACACACACUCACGUGCACACACACGCGCGCACACACACACACACACACACAGAAUUUUACAACAUUUGUCUGUACCAUGCUCGUUACUAUCAUUGAUUUACCAGCAAAACCUAUGAAACGUUUCACACCACAUCCAGUUUGAUGAGAUCAGAACAGUCAGAUCACUCAAGCUUUCUGUUCAUUGGAUUCACUGUGGCGUUCCAAAAAAAAACCUGAAAUCAAUAUGUAACCCAACACACACAUAAAUGCAUGUUUUUAGAAAGUUAUUAAAUGUGUCUCUACUUACAAUAAUGUAUUUUCUCUUGUUUAUCAGUGUCUUUCUGAAGUCCAUGUUGGUCGGUGAAGUGUCUUUGUUGCUGGUGCAAACUGCAGGAGAUCAGUGUGUGAGAGAAGAUAACAAACAAUAAAUGUGUGAGAAGUGAGCAGGUCAGGAACUCUGGAUCCCUGUGUGUAUCAGUGUGUGUGUGUGUGUGUGUGUGUGUGUGUGUGUGUAUCAGUGUGUGUGCAUGCAUUUGUACAAUACACGGUGACUUAAUCUGUUCUGAAAACAUUUUCUCUAAUAUAGAUAUUGCAGAUAUUGUGUAGCCUAUAAAUCACAUUUUGUUGCGUGUGAGAAAAUGCUGUGAAUUAUAUUUGUGUUAUGUCUAUAUAACUUUAGCAGCCAGCUCCUCACCAGCAUCCCGAGGUCCAAAGGUUGUCCUGUUAUUGCAUUAGUAUGAUAAGGAUUGUAUUUUUCCACACCAGAUGCCCUUUGCUUUGUGACAUGAUGCAUUAUCAUGCUGUUUUAGCUAUUGCUGAAGUAGCUAUUAUAGAAAAUGUAAAUUGUGGAUUAAAAGUGAUUGAGAUGGUCAGGGACAAAAUUCCCAACCCAGUCUCACGGCAGUUCGUGACAGAGGUCACGAAAUGUAAUCUGUUUGAUUCGUGUUCAUGGAGACGAAUUUUCCUUUUUUUCGUGUCACUCAGCACGGACUUUCGAUCUAAUGUAUUUCAAUAGGAAGCAUCUUUCGUGUCUGCACCACGUUUUUUUCUGCCACUCGGAAGCACUGUUUUUGCUCAUUUGUUAUUCAUUUUUAAACUUUAAGCACUACAUUACUCAACAUUCAACCAGGAGAUUUUAUCCUUGUUUUUAUUGCUUUGUGCUAUGGUCUACUUUUACUGUGUUGAAGACGUCCAUGACCAUCCGUUUUAUUUGAUUCUCCUUCUAUUGUGAGGAAGGGGGAUUAGUUGUGGUUAUUGAUUGAAUUAAAAUAAAAAUAAAAAAUCAAUUAAAUUAAUUAGUGGACGCCCGCAUUACCCGUGAGCCUCAGCGGAGACGGCUGCUAUGGAGACGGAGAUAGCCCGCUUUGCGAUUGGUUGAUUUCUGCAGGCCGCGAAUUCUCCUUCAUUGCGCUCAAAACCACUUCCCAGGUAAGCCACGAGACUUGAAUGUGAUGAUCAAAUUUGUUUAAAUGUUAUAAUUGAUGCUUUUCUUUGCGAUUAGACUCACAUGGUUUACAUGUUAGCGCAACGAAUUAAAGGCCGAACCAACUGUUUCCAUAUUAACAGUAAAAAAAGAAGAAGAAGGAAAAAAAAACGACGCGCCUUUUGUGCAGUCAUACAGAAAAUGGGAAAAACGUGAAUUUUAUUGAUUUAUUAAGUAUUUUCGGGACAAUUUGUCACAUUUUAAACAUUUUUUCAACAUAUCUAGCCUUCACUGCAUAAUGAACUUUUUCUGUUCUCCCUGCAGAUCCCGUCAAACUUCACCUUCACCCUAUUUAAUCACCUCAUUUCCAAAAACCAAAGGCACUUUUAAGAGCCAACCUCUAUCUAUCUAUCUAUCUAUCUAUCUAUCUAUCUAUCUAUCUAUCUAUCUAUCUAUCUAUCUAUCUAUCUAUCUAUCUAUCUAUCGCUCUCUCUAUCUCUCUCUCUAUCUCUCUGUCCAUCUAUAUUUCUAUCCAUCUCUUCAAUAUCUAUCUGUUCUCUCUCAAUUUCUCUAUUUCUCUAUCUUUCUGUCUUUGUCUACUUAUCUGUUAUUUUUCUUUGUCUAUCAGUCUGUCUGUCUGUCUGUCUGUCUGUAUCUGUCUGUGUUGCAAUGGCCACCAGAUAUGUAUUUGACCCACAAAACCCCCAUUACCAAGAGGGGAAACGCAUGGUUCUUGAAAUGGAAAUUGAUCGCCUUAUAGCUGAAUGCAAGGUCAGAGUUUGUAUAUACCUCAAUCAUGUUAUACUUGAACAUACAGAUGGGGGACAAAUUAAAGUAAAAACAUAAUGAAUGUGGAAGGAUGAGUGUAUUAGAUUUCAGACAGGUAUAUUGCAUGAUGAGUUAAGCAAUUAACAUCCUAUCAUGUUCUCUGGCAUAUGUAAAUGAGGGAAUAUAUUUUGGAAGAAUGGAGCUCCAUACAGCAGCCAAAGAUCAUCAUGCUGAGAACAUCAAUGGAUUACAACAGUUGGUGACAUCACCUGCCACCAUAGACAUCCAAUGUUAUGCCACAUAUAUAUGUCUGGUUUAUUUUAUAUUCCAGUUUCCCUGCAGGAAAUGCACAUACCAAGUUCAAUGAAGUUGGAUUAAAAUUAGUUUUAUGUAUGAAUUCAAACACUGAAACAGUUCUGUGUUUUAACAGUGAAUUUGUUUUCACUAUUAAUUCUACAGAGACACCAGAUACAUCUCAUGCUAGUCAAGGCACCACACCCAGAGGACUUCAGCAGUCAAUUGAGGGUCUUUACCUUAGUGUGAGGCAGUGGAAGCAAACCCUCUACCGUCAGAAUGACAGCAGCAAGUUUCGCCACCGCCUUCGAAGGAAGCUGGCAGAAGACAAAAAACACCUCCUUCAGGAGAUCCAGCAAUACAAUGCCAACAUUUCAAUCAAGAAACAAUUGCAUGACCAAGUGAUGUUGGCGAUGCGACUGCAAGAGGAAAAAAGCAUUUUGGUAUUGGAGAUGGCACAACACUGCACAUGGUUGCAGAGCCUGGCAGUGGUUCUCAAGAACAAGAUGGCUGAGGAGGAUGUAGACAAGGGAAAUGAGGGACUUUGCUGUCUCUUAAGAAGACGACUGUCAGAGGUGUCGGAACAGUUGCAAGUUGUCCUUCAACAGUACAAGAUUGCUUUAGGUCCUGAGGCCUCUGUCCUUCUACAUGUUGAAGCAGAAGAUCCAAGUGGCCUCAGUAGUCCAGACACCAGUGAGGAUGAAGAGGAAAACACAGUUUAGAUGGAAGGACUGUGUUGAAGGAAAUGGACUCGCCUUAUAUCUGUAUAUUAUUAGUAUGCUGAUUGAUUAAUCACAUCAAAAUAUGUGUGCAUCCUAUAUUGUUGAAAAUUCAACCUUUUGUUGACAAUUUAUGUCACUGUCUUUUUUUUUUUUUUUUUACAAGCACAUUGUACAUUGGUACAGCAGAUUUAGAUAAUACAUUCAUUACAUGGGUAACCAAAUGUUUAUUUUUGUAAAAUGUUGCAACAAUAUUUUGUGAAAAAUUACAGCUAUUAACAUAUAGGGUAAUAAUUAUACAUGAAAAAAUUACAGUGAGCAAAUGAGCAUGUAAAAAAAAAAAAGCAUGCCCCUGCCCCGUGCAAUGUUCUCAUCUUUUCCCCCCACCUGUUUGUGUCCCUGAUAUGUGUUAAGGACCCUCUUGAAAACCAGAUGGUUCAUCUGAAGGGGUUUCAUCCUUGUAAUAAACUUGUAGUGACCAAAAUGAAUUGCCUUUUUAAAUUACAAUUCUGCUGACCAUCCAGUGCAUUACUACAGGUGUGGGGGAAAGCUUGAAGGACUUGGGUUGAGACUGAAAACAUAGAUCUCGCAUGUCAUCAUGAAAAUAAUGUUAAAAAUUAUGCCAUGUCAAACAAUUUAGUAAUUUUUGUCAAAGGGGUUCUGUAAAGCUAUGCCUGUGCAAAGUCUUUUCAUGAAAUUGUGAUAAUUAAAAGUUUUCCUAAAGGA